AUUGCUAGUGAGGGAGAAUUACCAACCUACGAGAAUACUCAGUACCGGAGAUACAGUAUCGUCAAACCACCUGCACGCUUCCCAUACAACCUACCUGCGGUGCAUCAAGGAGAGGACAGUCAGGGCCAAUUGAUUUUUUCGCCCUCUCCUUGUCCCUAUCGUUCCCCCUUCUCUCCCUCUCUCCUGCUCUUCUACUGGUACUGUGCCGGCGGUAUCCUUUUCACCCGAACAGACAGCCCUCCUCCUCUCGCCUUCUCUUAUCUCCGCUACGGCUACAUCGUUCCUCCCCCUUUUUCGUCCUGUCUGUUACGGCCCUCACCUAGCCUCUCAGUUCUGCUGUUAACCUCCACUCUAUCAGCUGUCGUUGCCCCGGACCGGACGCUUGACUAGCUCGUCCGUCAUCCCAGAUCCGACUCGGCCCACGCCUAUUAUUUGUUUGCUACUUCGCAUUGAUCCCUCUCCCGAUAGACACUUCACCACCCGCCCUACUCUAUCGAUACGGUUUUCCCAUCGCUCGGGGCGAGCUAUUGGUAGAUGCCGGAGAAGGUAUUCGAUCAGGAGACGCAAUCUCAGGGCAAAAAGCGCAAACAAAAUUUACAACCCCCUCAGUUGUCACAAGGCUACUCUCAGAGAAGCAUCACGGAUUUCUUUGGAAACAACGCCCCACACUCGGACGCACCCACCCCCCACCCAAGCAGUCCAAAACGUUCCCGAAAAAACUCGGAACAGCCUGAGCACUCAAAGAACAUGUCGACUCCUUUAAACGAGCAAGCCUGGCGUCACAUUACUGAGAACGAGAUUGUCGAUCUCACAGGCUCCCCGCCUGGCCCUCGAGACUCGCCAAACCCAAGUGCGAAAAUGGUUGCGACUAAGCCCCCGCGUCCCGCCCCGUUUCAACCUCACGCUGGCGCACCUCGCAAAUUUCAUAUAAAGAACCUGCGCAACCCUUCGAGGGUUGACCCAGAUGUCUACUUUAAUCAGACUUGGGGCUCUCUGGAAGCUGCACUUGCGGCGAUCUUUGAGAGCCGCAAGAUAUCCACUAGCUUGGAGGAGCUGUAUAGGGGCACCGAAAAUAUAUGUAGAGCCGAUAGGGCCGGUGAGCUCUACGCUAGGCUCAAGGCUUGCUGCUCUGCUUAUGUUGGUGACCACCUCAAGUAUUCUAUCAUGGCCUGUGGUAGCUGGAAAGAUGACGCUGUCAAGUGCGUUGUAAAUGCUUGGGAGAAGUGGAAUAAUCAAUUGGUUAGUUGGAUGUUUGAGCCUAUAAAUGGAGGUGAACUAACACCGAUUUUGAUGAGAUAUAGGGGAUGAUUAGAUCCAUAUUUUUGUACUUGGACCGUUCUUACCUCCUUGGCAACACCAAUCCGGGCCUCCAGCCCGUGGAGCCUACCGGACUAGAACUCUUUCGGCGCCAUAUAAUACUGGCCCAGGAAAUAGAAACAAAAUUUAUGAACGGGAUCAUGGCACUAUUCGAACGCGAUCGCCAGCAGUGCCCGAUCAAUGCUUCUCUACUCACGUCUGCCGUUCGCAUGGUGGACAGUCUAGACCUCUAUACGUCGAACUUUGAGCCCCGGUUUCUAGUCAUAUCUAGAGAAUACUAUAGCCGCCUUGGGAUGCUGGGGGCAACUUCUAGCUCCCUUGCGGAGUACUUGGACGAAUGCUCUCAACAGUUACACAAGGAGGCAUUAAGAUGUGAGAGAUAUCGCUUGGAUCCACCUACGAAGCGAUCUAUGGGGCUUAUACUCGAGGAGGGAUUGCUGAAAAAUCAAUUGCCUAUUCUUACUGAUCAGAGGAGUAUCGAGGAGCUUUUACAGAAGCAAGAUCAUAAAUCUUUGGCGAUCCUGUAUAGCCUCGUUGAUCGGAUAGGGGAGCCGAGCAGUUAUUUAAGGCCCGCUUGGGAGAAAUACAUACUUGUUGUGGGCAGAAGUAUAAUCGAGGAUGAAGGACGAGAAAAUGAGAUGGUGCAGCGGCUUUUAGAGCUGAAGGGUAGUUUAGAUACUUUCGUCAGGGUUCCGUUCAAGUGUGACGAUACGUUGACUUAUGCUUUGAGGGAGUCGUUCGGCACAUUCCUCAACGCGCGCACCAAGGAUCGUUCAGAGAUGGUGAAUUCGAAGCCGGCCGAAAUGAUUGCGAAAUAUGUCGAUACGCUACUGAGAGGUGGUGCUAAAGGGGCCUCUACAGGGACACCUGGCGAUGAAGAUGCUAGGUUGGCUCAUUCGCUGGACCAGGUACUUGACCUGUUUAGGUUCAUCCAGGGGAAGGAUGUAUUUGAAGCGUUUUAUAAAAGGGAUCUGGCAAGGAGACUGUUGAUGGAUAGAAGUGCUAGUCGAGAUGCUGAACGGAGCAUGUUAACUAAAUUGAAAACUGGUUUGGUAUCCUGAGUUGAUGUUUAUGGGCCUGGCUGACUUUUGUUCUAGAGUGCGGAUCCGGAUUCACUCAAAACCUAGAGAGCAUGUUCAAGGAUAUUGAAAUAUCUCGAGACGCGAUAUCGCAUUUUAAAACAACAAGGAGCCAUACAGAAAAUUCACCAAAUGUAGAUCUCAACGUUCUAGUACUUUCCCAGUCAGCAUGGCCAACGUACGAUGAAGUGCCGAUAGUCAUUCCACUUGAGAUGGCGCAGUAUCUAGAAUCUUAUAAAAAUGUCUACUGCGAAAAACAUAGUGGAAGGAAGCUCAUGUGGAGGCAUGCAUUAUCACACUGUGUUCUUAGGGCGAGGUUUGCACGGGUAUGGUUGGUCCGCUUCAGUGGCUGCUCCCAACCUUGAAGUAAGCUAAUAAUAGGGAAAAAAUAUAGGAAGUGAAUAAGGAGCUAGUUCUAAGUGUCCUCCAAGCAGUGGUCCUCCUAUUGUUUAACGACGUGGAAUUCGGCACCUGCCUCUCGUAUCAACAAAUUAAAGAAGGCACCGGACUAGGUAACUCCCGCCCUCUCCGGUGUGAACAGAACUAACGUACUGCUCUCAUAGAGGACAAACAACUGAUCCGCACUCUCCAAUCCCUCGCGUGCGGUAAACACCGCGUCCUGCAGAAGCAGACGAAGGGAAAGGACAUCCUCCCGACAGACAACUUCUGCGUGAACCGACACUUCUCGGAUCCCAAGUUCCGCAUUAAAAUCAACCAGAUACAGCUCAAAGAAACGAAGGAGGAGAAGGAAGAGACCUUUGAACGCGUGGCCCAGGACAGGCAAUACGAGACUCAGGCUGCCAUCAUCCGCAUUAUGAAGAGCAGGAAGAAGUUGAGGCAUAACGACUUGAUUCAGAUGACACUUGAUCAGACCAAGAAUCGGGGAAAGUUGGACGUUCCGGAAAUCAAGAAGCAGAUUGAGAGGUAUGCCCCCCCCACCCUUGUUAGAUAGGGAGGGAGUUGGGGCUAAAUAGAGGAAGUAGAUUGAUCGAUAAAGACUAUAUGGAACGCCUGCCCGGGGGUGAGACUUGGUAUCAGUAUGUUGCUUGAGUUGUAUUAGUUCUUUUUUUUGGCUCUGAGUAGAAGUCGCCGCCCGCUCGUUUAGUUAUUACACCCUUUUACCUUGUCUCUUACACCUUUUCCUCCGGCGGGCAUGUUUGGUUGGUAGGCUCGGCGCAACACAUUGUAGAUUAGUCUCUCCCUAUUUUGUUAUCUACUAGUUUGCAUGCUUUUCCUAGUUAAUUAUCGCUUGUGUGCAUUAUUAGUGGCUGGCCGGCGCCCUGCCUGGCCAUUGUUAUAGCUUGAUGGGGACACAUGACGGCCUGUCCCUUAGGCGACAAUUGGUAUUACUUUUUCGCCCGAGGAUGGGAUAGUGCGUGUUCUGAAUUGGAUGUGGUGGGGAUUUUGAAGGAGUUCUAUAUGUUCGAAGUUGGGAAACAGGAAACCGGAGAUGUCGAUUCAGCUUUGUCGGUCCCUUGA